AUGAAGCCCGCUGCUCGUGUCGCGGGCAACAGGCAGGAUGUGUGGUCCAUCAUCAAUGAGGCCGCGACUGCAUCGCCCAACCAGCCCAUCAUCAACAUGGGCCAGGGAUUCUUUGGGUAUAACCCACCCAAAUUCAUUCUAGACGCUGCCAAGGAGGCGCUGGAUCGGGUAGAGUGCAACCAAUACUCACCAACGAAAGGACGGCCUCGGCUGAAGAAGGCCAUCGCCGACGCCUACUCGCCGCACUGGGGCAGGAAGCUGAACCCAGACACGGAGGUGACGAUUACGACGGGGGCUAACGAGGGCAUGCUGAGCGCAUUCAUGGCGUUUAUCGAGCCAGGCGACGAGGUCAUCAUCUUCGAGCCUUUCUUCGACCAGUACAUAAGCAAUAUCGAAAUGCCCGGCGGUAAGAUCGUAUACGUGCCCAUGCACCCGCCCAAGGAAGGCGCAACGAAGACAUCUUCUGCCGCGGAGUGGACCAUCGACUUUGAUGAACUCGAGCGCGCCGUCACGCCUCGCACCAAGAUGAUGGUCAUCAACACGCCGCACAACCCUGUCGGUAAGGUAUUCUCUAAGGCGGAGCUGCAGAGGAUCGCGGACAUCUGUCUCAAGAAUAACAUUAUUAUCCUAUCUGAUGAGGUGUACGAUCGCUUGUACUACGUUCCGUUCACGCGCAUCGCCACCCUGUCCCCUGAGGUCGAGAAGAUCACUCUUACUGUCGGGUCGGCCGGCAAGAACUUCUACGCCACUGGGUGGCGAGUGGGCUGGCUGAUGGGGCCAGCUGAACUCAUUCAGUAUGUGUCUGCCGCACAUACGCGGAUAUGCUACUCUUCAGUCUCGCCGCUUCAGGAAGCUUGUGCUGUUGGCUUUGAGAAGGCUGAGGCCGAGGGCUUCUGGGAUGAGUGCGUUAAGGAUAUGAAGGGGCGGGUGGACCGUUUCAACGCCGUUUUCGAGGAGCUAGGGCUGCCAUACUCGGAGCCCGAAGGCGGUUACUUUGUCAUGGCCAACUUCUCUAAGGUGAAGCUACCGGCUGACUACCCGUUCCCGCCGCACGUGGCCAGCCGCCCGCGCGACUUCAAGCUGGCGUGGUUCUUGAUCCAGGAGGUCGGCGUAGCGGCCAUCCCUCCGACUGAGUUCUACACUGAUGCCAACUACAAGAUCGUGGAGGACUAUUUGCGCUUCGCGGUGUGCAAGCCUGACGACGUGCUUGAGACGGCUAAAGAGAGGCUGAGAGGGUUAAAGAAGUACAUUCAAGACCGGGACUGGGCAUACGGGGACUUCUACACCGUAUUCGUACCCCGUUGCCCAGAUCCUGUGCCCUCGUCGUGCAAGCUGAUGGUCUUCGCCGUCUAUCGUCUAACGAUGAGGAAUCCCUGA